CGCCUCAGAGCGGGGAGGCGGAGGCUGGGCGGCCGGGCGGCCAUAAAGGGAGGGAGCGGGGGGGGGAGCGAGGCGUGCGCGGGAGCGUGAGCGAGGCCGGGGAGGCGGCUGUGGCUGAGUUUCUUUGGAGAAGAAAAACCUUAACAUGGCAAGCAAAGGAAGUAAUACAGAUUGCAUGUCAUGCAGUGUGCUGAACUGGGAGCAGGUCAGCCGCCUGCAUGAAGUUCUUACAGAGGUGGUUCCAAUUCAUGGACGGGGUAACUUCCCAACGCUGAAGAUAACUCUGAAGGACAUAGUUCAGACCGUCCGGAGUAAGCUGAAUGAAGCAGGCAUUGCGGUACAUGAUGUCCGUCUGAAUGGCUCUGCAGCUGGCCACGUCCUGGUCAAAGAUAACGGUCUGGGCUGCAAAGACUUGGAUCUCAUUUUUCAAGUUUCUCUUCCAAGUGAGGCAGAGUUUCAGUUGGUUCGAGAUGUGGUGUUGCGUUCCCUCUUGAAUUUCUUACCAGAAGGAGUAAGCAAACUGAAAAUCAGUCCAGUAACACUGAAGGAAGCCUACAUCCAGAAGCUGGUUAAGGUGUCCACUGAGUCCGAUCGUUGGAGUUUGAUAUCGCUUUCCAACAAACACGGCAGGAAUGUGGAGCUGAAGUUUGUAGACUGCAUCAGACGCCAGUUCGAGUUCAGUGUAGACUCUUUCCAAAUCAUACUGGAUUCUCUGCUCUUUUACUAUGAUUGCUCAGAAAAUCCCAUGUCGGAGCACUUCCAUCCAACUGUGAUUGGGGAGAGUAUGUAUGGAGAUUUUGAAGCAGCUUUUGAUCACCUGCAGAACAAGCUGAUAGCUACCAAAAAUCCUGAAGAGAUCCGAGGUGGUGGGCUUCUGAAAUAUAGCAACCUCUUAGUGCGAGACUUCCGGCCCAUGGAUAAAGAUGAGAUCAAAACAUUAGAGCGCUACAUGUGUUCCCGGUUCUUCAUAGACUUCCCAGACAUCCUGGAUCAGCAGCGCAAACUAGAGACCUACCUCCAGAACCACUUCUCCAAAGAUGAGAGGAGCAAAUACGACUACCUCAUGAUUCUGCGCAGGGUGGUGAAUGAGAGCACUGUGUGUCUCAUGGGACAUGAGCGAAGACAGACUCUCAACUUGAUUUCUCUGCUGGCGCUCAAAGUGCUGGCAGAACAGAACAUCAUCCCUAACGCCACUACUGUUACCUGUUACUACCAGCCAGCACCGUAUGUUAGUGAUGUAAACUUCAGCAAUUACUAUCUUGCAAAUCCUCCAGUGCCAUAUAACCAGUCCUACCCCACUUGGUUGCCUUGCAAUUGAUUGCUUCACUUGAGUGUUCUUCAGCAGAGGCUUCUAAAAGCUGAGUGUACAUAGACAAAUAAUGGACAUUUGUAGGUUUUCUAGUAAGUAAGACUGUGGACUAAUUACUUCCUGGCUUGCAGUAGGAAUAUGCAACCAGGCAACCUGUGAAAAACUUCUUUGGUUCAUCUCUACAAAUGCCGAGAAGCCUUAUUACCUCUUCACUGCGAGAAGAGAACCAGCAACCAAAUAUUAAAGGAAUAGUUUCAGGACUAGGUACUUGUGUUGGAAGUGGCUAUUAACUUGUCAUCUAAGUGGAGUAAUUCAGUAAACUGUGGUAGUUAAUAGAGCUAAGACUGGGAAAUUUAUUGUGCAGAGCAGAAGCUGAUUUAAAACCAAAACUUUUUGUUGACAAACCUCACUACUUUAUACAUCUUCAGUUCAGAUUCUGGCCAGCUUCUUAUUGAAUUCUUGCGUAAGAGCUUAGGCUGCUUCUAUUUGGCUGUGUGGAACUGGUUAGUGUAUGGAUAAUGUCCCUCUUGUAGAGGGCCCAGUGGCUGUUUCCUGUAGUGCAUGGGCAUAUGUGGUCCUGCCUCAAGUUGAAGGUUUCUUUGAAGCUGGUGAUGGAUUGAUGAGCCUGUCUCUAAAAGCACGAGUUCAAGCUUAUUGGUUUAUCAUAAUAGUUUGGUCACUGUGUAACAUGUGUUUCUGGGAGGUGAAAUUCUUGAUCUAUUGUGGUCUCAAACUUUACUUGAUGAGGUGUGUAACCUCUAAGCAGAGCUCUGUACAGAUGCUGUAUGUGGUGAAAGUUUGCCCCUAGUUUCAGAAUAACCUCUGAAGGAGUAUCUACUCACUUGGAGGUGCAGGGGGCUGAACUGCAUGUGCUGAACUUUCUGCUUUGACACUUGUGUACUUCAUAAGGAUGGUUCUGUAUGUAGCAGUACUAGAAACUGACUGGUAAUACCUUAACUGGCAACUUUCACUCAAUUGCAAUAGUAAAAUUCAUACACUGUAAAUGCUUCUGUUUUCUUUGUUUAAUCAGAGAAGUAGACUAGAAAGACAAAAAUUAGAGCUAUUUAAUAUGUACUGGUGCAACGGUUAAGGAUACUUAAUUGUUAACUCCUAUGUCUUCUUGCUGUCUCCCUGAGUGUAUGAGACCAAAGUGCUGGAUCAAACAGAUGAUUUAAGUCUAGAAAGAAAAGCAGAUGGAAUAAAACUACAUGGUUGCUGUUAGAUGUGAAGAGUAAUAGCAGAGCAGCAUUUACUUGGCAGUGGGAAGGACUGCCUGUUCUUAGUAGGACCAAAGGUUUCUUGUUAUGUUACAGGCUCUCCUACUUUCUCGUAACUAAUGCAUGAAGGCCACCUUAGUGUAGCAACAAGGCACUUCUCACCUGGAAUACUGACUACUUGGAAGGCUUUUCUUAUAACUGAUGUGAUGUUGGUGUUGUCCUGAGGGUCAAAGGUAAUGCAAGCUUACUGAUGUAACGAGUUACUUCUGCAUGCAGAGCAAUACUUGGCGUAUUACAGAGUAUCACCAGGAGAAAGUUCUUUUGUUUAAGAACUUGUAAUUGCUUUCAUCCCUUAAAUAGCUUCAACUGACUUUUUUGUUUUGUAAAGCUAUGCCUGUUCCAAAAGUAAACCAAAACCAUUGCCUAGAGGGACGAGUUUGAUCUGAAUAUCAGCUUAGACUUGAGUCUUGUGGGAUCUCAUAGCUGGACUUUAGAAACUGUGUGUAUCAGCUCAUGCAGAAGUAGUAGUCAAUACUGAAGAGGAGCCCUUAUAAGUUUGAUGCAAGUAAUCUUUUUUCUUACUAGCCUUUGAAUGCCUUGGCUGCUUAGUGUCAGGCCGGAUGUGUCUACUGGGAAAAAAAGUGCUAGAAUAAAGCUCUCCUGUGUUCCUUCUGAGACAGAGCUAUGGGCACCUAGCUUCCCGCAAUAAAUAUUUGUGCUCUUGGUGAUGUAACUUGUUGCUGAGGCCUCCAAGGAAGCUUUGUGUAGAAUGCUAGCUCUCUAAACAGCUGACUCCCUUGGUUUAAGCUUUGCAGGGCUACCGGGUCCGACAUAUUAAAUUACUAAUGCUUUUUAGCCUGGUUGUUAAGUUCUUGAGUAGUUAAACUGUAGCCUGUGGUUGCUUAUUACUUACUCCAUUGUCACUGAACAGAAGAAACAAAGUUACUGGGACUGCGUUCUGUGUCUCUUUGCCUUAAAAUAAUCCUACUUGGGCAGUUUAGACAGAGUUGAAAUACAGAGUUGAAUAGAUUUGUCAGGGUGCUGCUUGCAGUCUACUACUUUCUGGUUUCAAAUUGUUGUGGCAGCAGCUCAAUCUGGUUGUAUGCUAGUUGGGUUGUGAUCAGUUUUACGAGGACCCUGCAGCUGGGAGUAAUAUGAGAAUGAAUGCUAAGGUGAUGACCCAUGGCCAAGUUCAGGGUGCCUGCUUCAUUCAGUCUCCCUGAAGUGCUAAAUGGCGCAAGCCUCUUCUCUGCUUGCUUCUGUAUCAAGUAGAAGUUUGAGAGAGGCUGCUAAACUUCAGGCUGUUACCCCAGUGCAUUCUUUCUAGGCAGUGCCAUCAUAGCAGAACUGCAGAAAUACUGGACUGCAAGACUUGUAUCAGCACAUUGUUCCUGAUGAUUAGGCUUCUAGGAGACUAGACUAGUUUAAAAUAGCAAUUUUCUUCCUGUAGCUUAAACUCUGCAGGGCUAAGCCAGUCCGAAACAUCUGUUUGUGAAUAUUCAUCACCAAGUUCCCUUUAACUUACAGUUUAUUGAUACUACUUCCUCAUUAUAAGAGAUUAAAUCUUCUUUAUUUGAUAAGGAUGCUACUAAAGAAACCUACCAGUGAAGUGCGUUUUAGUCAUUUUCAUUAGAUCCCUGUGCUAACCACCAUAGUUCUGAAAAGUGAUAAGUUAAAGCAUACCUUAUGCUCCCUCAACUCAAGAUGUAACUUGCUGUGCUUGUCUUCAGCUUGUUAGCUGUGACACUAAGCAGGAGAUUGUGAUAAAUGGUUACUCAGAAGCAAUCUUUUACCUUGAGUAGCCUGUCUACAGAGCAGAAGGUUUAAACCAGGUCUCAAUUAGGACUUUAAGUAUUUGGACUUAUAGAUAUCCAUAUUUUUGGGCUGAGUUAUGGGGUUGAGCAUAUGGUAUGUUUUGUGCCUAGAUAUCAUGGGAUUCUAAUAGAAUAGCUGCUCAUUCUUGGUAGUGAACUCUGCUUAUCACUACACGAGAAGUCCAAAUUACUUUAAGAGGCUUUCUCCAAACAAGUUACUUCAGUUUUAAACUGCUGGUGUGUUGAUAGUGCUCGCUUAGUGAGAGGUAUAAAAAACUAAUGGAAUUGGGUGCCGUAGUUGUUAGACGCAGGAAUAAGCAAUAAGCUGGUCAUUGUUAGUAGCAAAUGUGUGAUUUGGGCACUGGGAGCCAAAUGAAUGGUAAUACUUCUAGCCUUUGCAUCUAAGUGUUGCUCAAACCAUUACUGUCAGCUGUUAAAUAUGGUGAACUGUAUUUCAUAUGGGCUAUUUAAUUCCAGUGGAACUCGCUCUGAGGUGGAUUGCUGGGCUAUAUAGUUAUAGAAGCUUUGGGAGUGGUUGGAACUCUCCAGCUUUUCUUCGUUACCUGAAGAUGAAGCCACUUACUGAAGUGUUUGCAUUGGGCUUGUCUCUCUUUCUGGUUAAAACCUCACGAUUUGUUGAAAUGAAAAAGCUUUUUUUCUGUUUAUUUUUUUUUUUUUAAUUUUCCUAUCAGAAGUCAGCUCUUGGAAAAUCUAUCUUGAACCUGUUCUGGAAAAGUAAUUUUGUUUUGUUUCUUUAAGCUGGCAGGAUAAGAUACUAGAAAGAUUUCAAUUUGCGAUGAGCCCAAUUGUGAGAUUAGUUACAGUAACUACCUACUGUCCUGCACUGUGGUGUUCACUUGUCAUCCUUGGAAAUUGGGUUUUGGAGCUUAAUGAUACUGAAAUAAUUGUACAAAUAAACAUAUGUGAAACAC